AAGAUGUGACAUAUUACUUGCGACGCCAGCAGUCGGCCUUCUAGCUUCAUUAGAAACAGAGCGGCACCGAGAAAAAAAAAUGAAGUUCAGAAAUCCCGACAACACCAUCAGCCUGAUGGACCCGUCGCUGCUGCUGCGGCCAGAGAAGAUCUACAGCGAUAAGCCCAUGCAGUGCUUCCGGGACUACACCGUGGACGAUGCGGACCCCAUCAAAGAGCGCGUGCGACGCACAUAUUACACAAUGCACUCUCACAUGACUGUCGACUUCGUCCGGAGCAAAAUGGAGAAGUGGCUCAAGUUCAACCACUUCAAGUCGUCAGUGAAGGACGCGCUAAUCAAGCUGAACGAGUUAGUCGACGAGUCGGACCCAGACACAGAUCUACCGAACAUCGUGCACGCCUUCCAAACCGCCGAGAGGAUCCGCGAAGAUUACCCUCAUGACGACUGGUUCCAGCUUAUUGGGUUGAUUCAUGACCUUGGCAAGGUAAUGGCUUUCUACGACGAGCCGCAGUGGUGUGUGGUGGGAGACACGUUCCCCGUCGGCUGCAAGUGGGGCAGGACCAUCGUGUAUGGAGACGAUAGCUUCAAGGACAACCGUGACACUUACAACGAGAAAUACAACACUGAACUGGGCAUGUACAAGCCGAAAUGCGGCAUUGAAAACCUCCUCAUGUCCUGGGGGCACGACGAGUACCUCUACAGAGUGUUGAAGCAUAACAAAGCCAGGUUUCCCGAGGAAGGAUUGCAGAUGAUUAGGUUCCACUCCUUCUACCCGUGGCACGCCGGUGGCGACUACAGCCAGUUCACAACAGCAGAAGAUGAGAAGAUCAAAAAAGCCGUCCUUAAAUUCAACCAAUACGACCUGUAUACGAAAAGUGCUGGUGUCCCAGAUAUUGAAGCUUUGUGGCCAUACUACGAGAGUCUCAUCGAGAAGUACAUUCCAGGGGUUCUCGAAUGGUGACAAGCUGAAACUAUACUAUUUAUUUCUACGUUAUGAGACAGAUUGUCGUUUAAGGACUUGUAACUAUCACAAUAAUGUUGUAAUUGGCAGAAUUUUAUGAUAACAAUGUGAAUAGUAUAUUUAAUAUUAAUAUCAAAUUAAUAUUAGCACAAUGUGAUAUUUCUAGUUAGUAAGAGUUUUUAGGGAUUGUUUUUAUUAAAGAUAAACAGGGUACCAAGUGUGAAAUUUUUCUACGUACUCUUAAGUAAUUAUUCGAUUGCGUCAAAGUUAACUACGAUACAUUAAAGUGCCACCUAGUGACAAUACUGGAAAACAGUUCGUCACUCGUCGGACGUAGAAAAUCUCGCGCUUGGCUCUCAGAUGUGAAGGGGUUUAAAUAAAUACAUAAAACGCAAUUUUUAAAAUAAACCAGGAACUUUAUUUUAGCUAUAUUUACAGGAAUACAAAUAUCUGAAAAUAGAUAAUUAUUCUAUAUAAUAGCUUCAACAAACAGUCACUUUGCGAAACGAGGAUUUAUCGUAUAACGCCGAGGAUACAACAUCGGGACGGGAAGCCCAAAAAUUAGCUUUAACCAUUUUUAUGAAUACAUUUUGAUCCUGCUCGUUUAUCAAAUAACAAUACAACAUUUACAAUUGUAUUAUUUGCCUAAUUAAUUAAAAAUGUCAUUAUUACCUAUUUCUGAUUCUUGUAUUUUUAUUAUUUUUAAAGCAAUGUAAUUUUUUUAUUUUAUAUAACAUCUGCACACUGUCUGUGGCAGUCGAUUCUGAAGGGACUGUUUAAUUAAAUAUUAACUUGUUAUGUACCCACAUUUUGGCAAAUAAAUAAAUAUUAUUUAUUAUUAUGAUUAUAUAAUUAUGGAAGAUGAGUAAUGUACAGUUAAAGGUUUAUUUAUUGGCUUUAAGGCAUUAUCCACUUUAAGGCAUCAUUGGUCGGUAACUCUGUCGGUAUACACAGCAUCUGUCGGUAUGCGAGGACUUCCCUCAGAUGGGUAACGACCAAUGGUCGUUGCACCGCCUGUGCGUAUUCCCCGUAAGCGACCUUAAGCGAUCUCAACGACCAAUGAAAUUCAUCGGUCGGUAUAAAUCUUUCUACGUUCCGAGACUCGUACACCAGUUAACACUGGCAAAUGUGCAUGAUCUCUAGCACCCGGUAUGCGGGUACCAUCGACUAUUAAAAAUUGAGAUCUAUGGUACGAGUAAUACCAUCCGUCCCCCCACCCUCGACCAAUAAAACCAAGCCUUUCGCUUAGGUAAUAUAUAAUUUAACCUUCAGCUUAAAUAGUUAGAAAUGGGGUUCGUCCAUUUUGUGUUAUAGUAUUCGAGAUAAUAAAUUUCAUUGAUAAAUACGCGGUGACAACCCAUAUAAGAAUAAUUAACUAUGGCAACAGAAAAAAUAUUAAGAUAAGAAAAGUUAUUCAAACACACAGGUACAAAUACAUUUAUAAAUUUGUGUACACAUAUAACUAAUGCUAUAUGACUAAUGCUUUUAAAAUAAUCAUAGUAGGAUAAAAGGGUGAGUAUUUAAUAAACGAACGAAGUUUUUUUAAACUCAAUUUGGUAACACUAAAACUAACGAUGCAUUCAAAUUUACCACGCAAAUAAUUAGUAAAACUUGUAGGAAGUAAAUAACAGCACAGUGACGAAAUUGAAUGCACCCAAAGUAAAAACAAAAAUAGCGUAAGAGACAGUGUAUAUAAAUAGGAGCAAUUUUAGAACGUAAAAUCCCCGUCACGAUGUAGCCUCAACAUAAUUCAUAAACAUCAUCCAUAUCACACUGUGCACGCACGAAUUCCCUGAAUUCCCUAAGCAAAUUCACGAGUAACAGAUAAAUUGUUCCAAUGCAGCUUACAUGUCGCUCGCGUGCAUUGCGGCAUACGCGACAGGCGAGAUGGUGGAGCGACAAGCAUAAUCGUGGCACGCGUUCGCUUACUAUAUCAUAUUGAUUCAUAAGAGCCUAGCAUUUACAGAUAACACAUUGAUCAGCUACCUAAAUAUUAUAAAUGGAUGUUAUAUUCCGAGAGAGGGUAAGCAACAUUCAAGUGCAUCGUCAUUGUGUUUGAUUAAAGACAAAACUUUGAAGUUUGUUUAACAUUUAAAAAAAAAUAUCGAUUAACCACGUAAAAAUCGGUUAGUUCAAAAGAUUUAAACUCAAAGAGACAUAGAAACUCUAACAAAAUUUAAGCUUCGAUCGAACACCCCCUUAAAAGCAGCUACGCCCUCUCGGACCAUUAUGUUUGCUCUAGCGCAAAAAGUAAAUGAUAAAUAUUUUAUCUUUAAAUGAACAAAUCAUUCAAUUUAAUAAUCAUUCGUCAUAAUUUGUAUUAAUAAUAAUAAUAAUUGCAUGUCAAUCAUAUUUCGUUAGGGCCCAUUCACACAUGCCGACAUACCGCCGCCACUCGACAUGUAUGGAUCCGCCGUUUUACUUACUCGAAAGGCACGAUAUCAUAGAAAACAAAGAUAUCAAAUAAUUCCAUAUUAAGUAUUUUAUUACAAUAAUAUUAUUUUAUUUCAUUCAUAUUCACGAUUUUUGAUGAUAAUAAUUCAAUUGAAACAAUAUAAUAUUUAUAGAAUUACAAUUCAUAAAUUACUGUAACGUUAAAAAUCUCGGCCGUUAAAUUUCAAUUUACUAGCUAAAACAAAUGUAUAAGUAAUAUUGAAAUUUAGCACCACGAAUUUUGUGUUUUUUGUGGAAAACCGCUGUUGCAUCACAAAAAUUAAUCAAGUUUAUUCGAAUCGAUUAGUAAUUUAAGAUAUUUAAUUGGAUCACAUGAUUAUUAAACUCUGAGUAAAUACAGAGCCCUGUUCCGAUCGUGUUCCAACUCUAUACGAAUACACUUUGUAUUUUGACGUGUUUUUUAAUAGCAAUAUAUUAUGGUCCAACCAGAUGGCCCCCUUGGUGAGUGGAAAACCACCAGUCCGGAGUGGAACAAUAUUUGCUACCUGAACAUUAGUUAGGUAAAAGGUAACAUACAAGUAGACAUACGUAAAAACUACCUAGACAUUGUAAUAAGGCGUUAAUAAAGAUACAGACAUCGAAGGCAUUUAACAAGUAUUUCAUUUACAUUUAUUUAUUACAAUAUUACGUUUAGAGAUGCAAAAAAUGCAAUACUUAGACUAUAAGAGCGUUUCUAUACUAUUGGUUGACCUAUUUUUAUUGGUUUUAGUUUAAAUCUUAAAGUAAACAAAUGUUACGUUA